AUGCGUGCAAGUUCCAUUGAUAUUCAUCCGAACGCAAAAUGGACACGGAAUGGUAUCACUGUUGCUGGAGGAAAUGGACUAGGCAGUAAAACCAAUCAACUCCUUUUUCCAUAUGGUUUGUACGUCGACGAAGAUCAAACGAUUUACGUCGCUGACGCUUCAAAUAACCGUAUUGUGGAAUGGAAAUCUGGUGCAACGAAUGGAAAAGUAGUUGCUGGUAGAAAUGGAUCAGGUAAUGGAGCUGAUCAGUUAAACUACCCAUUUGAUGUGAUUAUCGACAAAGAGAGCGAUAGCUUCAUCAUCAGCGAUUGGAGGAAUAGAAGAGUAGUUCGAUGGCCUCGUCGAAAUGGUACUAGUGGAGAAACAAUUAUUUCAAAUAUCGAUUGCCGGGGUUUGACAAUGGACGGCAAUGGUUCUCUCUAUGUCGUUGAUGCAGAAGAACGUCAAGUGAGACGAUAUAAAAUUGGUGACACUAAAGGAACAGUAGUUGCAGGUGGUAAUGGAAAAGGAAAUCGUCUCGAUCAACUCUCUAAGCCCACCUACGUAUUUGUCGAUCGAGAUCAUUCAGUUUAUGUGUCUGAUUGUUACAAUCAUCGUGUAAUGAAAUGGGAAGAACGUGCAAAACAAGGCAUUAUCGUAGCCGGUGGUCAAGGAGAAGGAAAAAGUCUUACACAAUUGAAUCAUCCUGAAGGAGUCGUUGUCGAUCAAUUGGGUACUGUCUAUGUGGCUGAGUGGGGGAAUCAUCAAAUCAUGCGUUGGCCAAAAGGAGCCACACAAGGAAGUGUCAUUGUUGGUGGAAACGGUGAAGGAGCACAAUCGAAUCAACUCAAUGGUCCCAUUGGUUUAUCAUUCGAUCGACAUGGCAAUCUCUAUGUCGUCGAUUACCGGAAUCAUCGAAUACAAAAAUUUAAUACCGAAUGA